CCACGUUUCCCGCUGUUGAGAACAUUGGAGCUGGACUAUGCCUCCAGCCGGAGCACGUGUCGAGGGACUUGGGACUUGUUUCAGAUAUGUAGAUGAAAAUUAUCUCGAGCUCGGCGUCAACCGAUACGUUUGUGUGCGGGACAACCGGUUCACGACGAGCUCACCGACGACGACGUUGCCUUAAUCUCUAUGCAAACCGCCGAGACUUUCCCUCGCUCGACGGGUCGAGACGGGCGCGCGAGCACUGGCGUGUUUCGUAACAUAUGCCGUAAUGAAGCGGUAGCUGUCGUAGUUAACUGAUUACGCCCGAACGUGACUGCGCACAUUGGGAAUCUUAAAGAAAAGGCGAGGACUCCUAGCGAAUUGAAUAACUGACAACCGUAACUGUGAAUAAAUAAGGAACGGAAAUGGCUGUGCCGUUCGUGAACGACUAUCUGGAGACGUACUCCGGCAGAGACAAGAUGCUAAGGACUCUGUCUUAUGCCGCAAAGCUGCUUACCGCGUGUACUUCGUCCAAGAGCACCGAGAAGAGGCUCAAGACCUUUGGCAGUCAGAUGAGCGAGUGCCGGGUGAUGUUGCGCCUGCUGGACGACCUUCCGGCCCUUCACUGCGUGGUGACGUACGGAUGGGGAGAGAAGGAGCCUGACUGGUUGAUUAGAUGGAGCCAAGUGAUACAAAAUGUAGUAGACCUUGUUUAUUCUCCCGUAGAGCACAUUGCUUGGGCUGGCCAGCAUAAUAUAGUGUCGAUUGACAAUGACAAAUGGGACCUCGCCUCGACUUGGUUUUGGAUCAUUUCUCUACACCUGUCCCUGUUGAAAUCGUUGAGACUGUUGCAAAAGCUGCAAAAGCACAAAGUAGAAUUGAAAAGAAGUAAUAUUAGUACGCAAGGCAUGUCGUGUGAAACCUUAACAACCCUCAACGAGCAACAACGAAGUAUGCUGUUGACAUGCACGCGCUGCGUGCUGGAUAUUUCUUACGCGAUCAGCUAUUUGCCCCCGGGAGUACUUUGGGGAGGCCGUUUAAAAACGUGGCACGUUGGAGCGCUUGGCACAAUAUCAUCAUUAAUUGGGCUCUAUCAAGCUCUCAGUCGGCAAAUGAAAAGUUGAAAAUAUUUCUAAUCCUAAGGGAGAGGUUUUUUCUAUCGAUUUCAUUGAUAACGAAAAGUGUGGGUAAACAUGUUGUAUAUAUAUGUAUGGGUGACUGCGUUGUAUGUAUAUUGACAGUAUAAAUAAAAAGAUAUUACGGAUCAACAA